AUGAAAAUUGUUAGCCGGAGAACGUCAAAAUUCAGGUUUCGAUUACGAAAAUGGAUUGAUGAUCAAAACUUAAAGAACGAAAGUAAAGCUAGAUAUAGAUUGAGGUUGGGUAUGCAGACGGGAGGGUGGUCAAAAGUAACCUAUUUGAAGCGUUCAGCGGGGCGGUGGGACACCUUUCCUUAUGGGGGGAGGAACAGAAAUUCUUCAAGUGGCAAAGAGGUGAUUUCCAUGUACAUUUCAGAGUUCCCUGAGUUUUACUCUGCUAGGGAGCUUUUUGAGCUUUUCGGUUGUUCUGGCCAAGUGGUGGAGGUAGCUAUUUCUCCCAGAAGAAACAAGUUCGGUAAGCGAUUUGGUUUCGCUAGAUUCAUCGAUGUAGAAGAUGCUCGAACGUUAGCGGUUCGUCUGGACAAUAUAAUUAUUGAUGGCAGGAAAAUUCAUGUAUACUUGCCGAGGUUUACGAGAGUUGCUUUCGGUUCAGGAGGUAGGCGUGAGUUUUUGGAGAAGGCGAAGCAUCCUCAACCACAAAUUAGGCCACAGAGAGCGGAAGUGGGGAAGAGUAGGGGCAAUUGGCAAGCUGGUCCUAUCAGUAAUAAUCCACUUUCCUAUGCUGAGGCUGUGGCUUCUGAGAAUUCUGGUUUUGUAUCAAAAGUGAAUGAGCAGGUCCUUUUCGAUUUCAAUUCUGAUUAUGUUCUUAGAGGUAGGAUGGAGAAGGCUUAUGUGGGUAAGGUUUGUAUUCCGGGGUCUGCGUACACAAUUCAAACUCACAUGGAAUUGGACGGGGUUUACGCGAUUAAAGUAACUCCAUUAGGCGGUAAUUGUUGUUUGCUCGAAGAAAGGGAAGAAGGGUUCAUUGAAGACUUGAUUGGUGAAGGCGAGACUUGGUGGAAGUCUUGGUUUUCCGAAGUCAAGAAGUGGGAGGCGGAUACGAUAGACAAAGGUAGGGACGCGUGGUUUCGAAUUUAUGGUACUCCAGCUCAUGUGUGGAGUUCUGAGUUUUUCGUAGCUUUGGCCAAAAAUUGGGGGAGUUUCAUCUGUUGGGAUGAGCACACUGCUAGUGGCGAGGCUUUUGUUGUGGCUAGAGUUAUGGUGAAUAUCCCUGUAUCUUUAUCGAUUCCUGACUCUGUUUCGGUUAAUAUAGACGGAAGGAGGGUGGUUCUUUUUGUUAGGGAAGAUGCGGCGGGUUUGUUUCGAUCGUCGACUCGAAAUCAGUUGCAUAAUUCUUCAGUUAGCGUGAGUUCUGACACUACAAAAAAUGCUCCAUUUGCGGAGGUUUUUUUUGCAAUUUGA